AUGUCUGUCGCAUCCAACCCGUACGCUCCCAGCCCGCUCGACCUGGUGUCGAAUGUUAACAACUUUCAGCUGAUUGAGUCCACGCUAAGAGAAGGCGAGCAGUUUGCCAACGCCUUUUUCAGUACAGAAAAGAAGGUGGAAAUCGCCAAGGCUUUGGAUGAUUUCGGUGUCGACUACAUCGAGCUCACGUCGCCCGUGGCGUCCGAACAGAGCCGCAGAGACUGCGAGACCAUCUGCAAGCUUGGUCUUCGCGCCAAGAUCCUGACGCACAUUCGUUGCCACAUGGACGACGCCAAAGUGGCGGUAGAGACCGGUGUGGACGGUGUAGACGUGGUUAUCGGCACAUCCCAGUUUCUCAGACAGUUUUCGCACGGCAAAGACAUGAACUACAUCUCCAAGAGUGCCAUCGAAGUGAUCGAAUUCGUCAAGUCUAAGGGCCUGGAAAUCCGGUUUUCGUCUGAGGACUCUUUCAGAUCCGACAUCGUGGACUUGCUAAACAUCUACAAGACCGUUAGCGCCAUCGGUGUCAAUCGUGUGGGUAUCGCCGACACCGUUGGCUGCGCUAACCCCAGACAGGUGUACGACUUGGUCAGAACCUUGAAGAGCGUCGUAUCGUGCGACAUUGAAUGCCAUUUCCACGACGACACCGGUUGCGCCAUUGGCAAUGCAUACUCCGCGCUGGAAGGUGGCGCCAGGCUCAUCGACGUGUCCGUGCUCGGGAUCGGCGAAAGAAACGGAAUCACGCCUCUGGGUGGAUUCAUGGCCCGGAUGAUUGUGGCCGCCCCAGAGUACGUCAAGUCCAAGUACAAGCUGCAAAAGCUCAGAGACAUUGAGAAUCUGGUUGCAGAGGCCGUCGAGGUCAACGUUCCUUUCAACAAUCCUAUCACCGGUUUCUGUGCGUUCACCCACAAGGCUGGUAUUCACGCCAAAGCAAUUCUGGCGAACCCAUCCACUUACGAGAUCUUGGACCCUCACGAUUUCGGCAUGAAGAGAUACAUCCACUUUGCUAACAGACUGACUGGGUGGAAUGCCAUCAAGUCCAGGGUCGAGCAACUGAAUCUGCAAUUGACUGACGAUCAAAUCAAGGACGUCACUUUGAAGAUCAAAAAGAUCGGUGACGUCAGACAAUUGAGCAUCGAUGACGUUGACAGCAUUAUCAAGGAGUUCCACUCGACCCUUCAAUAA